AUGAAGUUCUUUACUAUUUUGAUUAUCUCUGUCGCGACAAUCGUCUCGGCGACACUCAACAAUUUUGAUGGCGGUCUUCAGGGCGUGCGACUGAACCUCGUGAAUGCGAGCUUUGGGCCCUCUCAGGGUCUCUACUACAAGGGAAUGGGCUUGGCCGAGGUUUACGAUAAAGUUGGACCGCUCCAGGCCGUCAGUGCUCACUCAAUCCCAAAUGUGCUGGCAUUUGGCAACCUCGACAGAUUGAGCGAUCCUUACCCCUACAUCACGAGCAAGUACAGUGGCUCCAGCGGCACAUUUGACCUGCAGUCAUUCUACUAUGGCUGUAUCCUUGGCAACCUGGCUGGCAGCUGCACCAUAACCAUUGCUGGGUAUAGGAAUGGCCAGAGAGUCGCGGGACAGCAGUUGUCGUUUCGACCCACGAGUCGCUUGAGCUCAAACAUGACCCAGAUCAUUCUCGACAACACUUAUCAGGGUCUAGACAGCGUCCGCUUCGUGACCGUUUUCACAGACAGAGCGUCAAAUCCGGGUCUUGGCGGUGCAACCUUUUUGGAUGACCUCCAAUUCACUCUGACUGCUGCUUAA